AUGUCUUCCAGCCUCAUAUUAGUUUCGUUUAUAACGACAUCACUACCCUGGGGUUAUUGGGCAAAAGCUAUCAACACUUGUCACGAUUACGAUUGCGAAUGUAUACUUUUUGGAAAAGCAUUCGCCGAUCAAUUCACUGGUGGUAGAGUUAUUUACUGUCAGACGAUAACGUUAUUACACGUCCCGUUGUUUUUAAUAUCUUCUUUCAUGUGUUUUUAUCAGGGUAGGAGAGCAUAUAUAUUUAGAAGACAAAGGCUAAGAAUAAAAUAUGGAAAACAAUGUGAAAAAAAUCCAAUUAUAUUAAAAUGCAGAACAUUACUUUCUAGAAGUGGAAGAAUUAUUAAAGAAGGUGAUAUAAUUAUGGAAGAAAAAGAAAUUGAAAUGGAACCUCCUUCUUAUAAAUGGUGUAUAACGUUAAUUGUCGUAUCGAGUUUGUUUCUUAUUUUAUUAUGUUGUGUUUAUGUUUUACACGUCGUCGGGUAUUACUGGUCUUGUAAUGAAUAUAGAAUAAUGUUGAUAAAAUUAUUAAAAGCUUCUGGUAACAUGGCACAAAUAUUUUCAGAAAGAUUAGAAUGUAGGGCAGUUUACAGUUUUAUGGAUUAUUUACAACCAAAACGAAAUCUCCAAGAUUCUCAGGAUUAUGAAAGAAAGUAUAAGAUAAACACUGGACUUUCACUUUUCAUAGCACAAAUGGUUUUGUUAAAAAAUAUUUUUGUAUGGGUUUGUGUUAGCAUAGUUAACAUUCUUCAUGAAUGA